AUGGCUCUACGGCAGGAAGAGGAACAACUACAAAACCCUACAUUUCACCUCAACGGUCUUUAUAGAGAAGAAGAACGUUUUGAGGAUGAUUCGGGAGACGAUGGGUUUAAGGAAAAGAGCCAGAACUGUGAUGAUCAUAGCAUGAGAAGACCUUCAAUUUCUGACCUCUGCCGUGACUGUGAAGAUGAUGAGCUUGUUUCACUUAUGCUCAAAGAAGAACAGUGUAGUGUCUGUUACAGGGACUUGAAGGAAGAUGUGUUUCUAAUGGCGGCUCGUGCAGAGGCAGUUUGGUUCACGUCAAGCCUGCGGUUCCAGAGAGAUAAGCCAUGGAUGACUCAACUCAUCACCUUCGCUUGUCUCUCUCUGGCUGCAAAGGUGGAGGAGACCCGAGUUCCUCUUUUGUUGGACUUGCAAGUGGAGGUAUCAAAAUCAAAAUAUUUGUUUGAAGUGAUGAUGAUUCAGAAAGUGGAGCUUUUGGUGUUGUCUACUCAACUGGAGAUGGAUGGGUGCUUAGUGGAGUGA